UUUUUCUUAGGUGGUUUCUAAAAUCACUUUCACUAUGGGUGCGAUCUGGGAUAUUAUUGAGCGGGCAGCCUGUCUGGCUGUCGCUGCUCUCGCGCUCUUGGAGGGCCGUGCCGGAGCGACAUUCAACGGCACACCGUCUGUCUUGACCGAGCAAGGACUUGUCAAGGGUUUUGUGGAGAAUGACGCCAAUGUUUUCCUGGGAAUUCCUUUUGCGCAGUCAACUGCUGGUGAGAACCGGUGGAAGGCUCCUCAACGUUUAGCAAAAUCCCCCAAGGCUGAGUUCGACGCGACAUCCUACGGCCCUACCUGCGCCCAGGCUAUGUCCGGCAAUGCCAUCGUUGCUCAGGGCGAGGACUGCUUGAAUCUGAAUAUCUGGACCCCCCAAAAUGGCUCUAACCUUCCCGUCUUUGUCUACGUCUAUGGUGGCGCGAUGGUUACCGGCGGCAACAGCAAUGCUCAGUGGCAGGGACACAAUUUCGCACGCAAGGAUGUGAUCUACGUGAAUGUUAACUACCGUGAGAGCAUUUAUGCCUCUCCCAACGCACCCGAGCUGGAGGGCCAAUCGCAGAAUUUUGGCAUCCUUGAUGUCGAGAUGGCUUUGCAGUGGGUCCAUGAUAACAUCAGAGGAUUUGGUGGUGAUAACACCCGCAUUGUUUUGGGCGGUCACUCCUCCGGCGGUGUUCAUGUUGAUCAUUACUUGUGGAAUCACCCUGAGACAUUCCUCGCGGGUGCCAUUGAAAUGUCUGCCAAUGCCGAGUCUGGCCCCGCAUACGCUCCUUCGGGCGUUGCCCUGACCCAGGUAGCUCAGGACAUUGAAGCCGCCGGUGUAACACUGAACUGUGACUCCAGCAACCCUACCCUGGAUUGCCUCCGUGAAGUGGAUGUCUACUCCAUUCAGACUUCUUAUUUCAACAAGACUUCCAACACCUGGUUCUCCCCGAUCGUGGAUGAGAUCACCCGUUUCUCUGACUAUAAGGCGCGCUUUGCCGCUGGCAAGUACCCGAAGUCGGUGCCUUUGAUUGUCGGCAACUCCGACCAGGAGGGCAAGAUCUUCAGCAUGGUCUAUUCCCGCGAGAACACUGACUUCUCUAAGUGGAUCAAGACCUUCGAUGCUGAUUUGGCUCAUGUUCCGGAAGAUGAUCUCCUUCACGCCUACAAUGCCUCAGACUAUGAAACGGUCUCCCUCAUGAGCGGCGCCUCCUACGGAGAUGCUCGGUUCUUCUGCCCCACUGACUACUUGAUUGACGUCCGCUCGAGUGAGCAGCCUACCUGGGUGUACCGGUGGUUUGGUAACUACGAUAAUGUCCUGCCCAUUCCGGGAAUGGGCCCAUCACACGGAAGCGAGGUACCUUUCUUCCACGGAGGCAAUGAGUGUUUCUCGAAGCUCUCGGGUGUUACAGAGGCUGAGCAGGCACUGGCCGAUUACAUGAAUGACUGGUUUGUCGCUUGGAUCAAGAACCCCAGCGCGGGACCUGGAUGGGACCGAGCCAAGCCCACCAAGGGACCCUUGGCUAAGCUCGGAGUCCCUGGAAACGAGCUAGCGAUUGAGGUCGGAAGUACGGGUGAUUACAACGGCCGGUGCCAGUCCGUGUACAAGCCCAACAUCCCCAAGUAUCCCGUUGUCCAGAACCCCGUCGGUCUGGCCAAAUCCUCCUAAACUUCUAACCCACGAUCGCUAGAGUUGGCGUCAAGAAUCCGUAAUAGACAUAUACCCAAUAGACAGCAGGUUUUAAUAUAAAAGCGAUGAAAAUUAAUGAAAACAAAUAUGAUCUCGGUAAUUUGCGGGUUCAGACUCCAUAAUAAUUUCCAAAACACGGCGCGUUGCAUGAUCCUCAGGCAGAAC